AACGCCGCCAUCACCUGCCUCAACCUGAAGUCCACCUACGAGUCGGAGGUGCUGCGGGAGGCUGCUCGCGGCUGGAAGGAGGGCAGGAGCAUCUUCGAGAAGGAAUCGAGCGGCAAGCCGGUGGCACGGAGCAAGCCCCUGCCCCCCCAGGUCCCACCACGGACAUACGUCUCCCGCUUCGGCAACCGGAAGAAUCUGGCACUGAACAAGAACCGCAGGAUCUCCGUCGAUCCGGUUGCCCCCCGGCCACACUCCUUCACCAACGGCUACGAGCUCUUCGAAGUCUCUGAGGAGCGGGAUGAGGAGGUGGCUGCUUUCUGCCACAUGCUCGACGUGCUGCGAUCUGGCUACAGCACCGAGGACUAUUCCCUCACCGGCGUGGUGUGGAGUGCCGUCAACCUCAGCCCCGAGCAGCUGGGCCACGGCGUCAGCCUGAAGGUGACGGUGCUGUGUGACAGCCUGCGGGAACCCCUCACCUUCACCUGCGACUGGGUGCGCAGGAUGCCGGCGCUGCGGGCAAACGAUGACCAGAGCCCCUCCACCCUCAACCACUACAUCCACCUCCAGGAGAGACCCAUCAAGCAGACCAUCAGCAGACAGGCCCUGAGUCUCCUCUUCGACACCUUCCACAACGAAGUGGAUGCUUUCCUGGCAGCCGAGGGCGACUUCCCGCUGAAGGCAGAACGGGUGAUCCAGUCGGUCAUGGCCAUCUGCAACGCCCUGGCUGCCGUGGAGUCCCAGGAGAUCACGGCCGCCCUCAACCAGAUGCCCCCCUGCCCCUCCCGCAUGCAGCCCAAAAUCCAGAAGGAUCCAAAUGUUCUGGCCAAGAGGGAAAAUCGAGAGAGGAUCGUGGAGAGCCUGACGGCCGCCAUCCUCAACCUGGUUGAGCUCUACUGCAGCACCUUCAACGCCGACUUCCAGACGGCCGUGCACGGGAGCCGGGAGCACGGCGUGGCGCAGGAGGCUCGCCUGCUCUCCUGCCCGCUCUCCUUCACCGUCUAUGCCACCCACCGCAUCCCCAUCACCUGGGCUGCCAGCUACGAAGAUUUCUACCUCUCCUGCUCCCUCAGCCAUGGCGGCAAGGAGCUGUGCAACCCCCUGCUCACCAAGAAGGCCCAUGUCUACAAAUACCUCUUCCACCUCAUCAUAUGGGACCAGCAGCUGAUGGACGCCGACCGCAAGCGGCUGUGGGAGAAGCGGUACUACUGCCACGCGGCACCCGGCGCCCUGCCCAUGCUGCUGGCCAGCGCGCCCAGCUGGGAGUGGGCCUGCCUGCCCGACAUCUACGCCCUGCUCAGCCAGUGGACCUACAUGAGCCACCAAGAUGCCCUGGGGCUUCUGCACGCCACGUUCCCGGACCAGGAGGUGAGGAGGACGGCCGUGCAGUGGAUCGACUCCAUCUCUGACACCGAGCUGCUGGACUACCUGCCCCAGCUGGUCCAGGCCCUGAAGUACGAGUGCUACCUGGACAGCCCACUGGUUCGCUUCCUCAUGAAGAGAGCAAUCUGCGACCUGAAGAUCACCCACUACUUCUUCUGGCUGCUGAAGGACGGCCUCAAGGACUCCCAGUUCAGCAUCCGCUACCAGUACCUGCUGGCAGCUCUGCUCUGCUGCUGCGGGAAGGGGCUGCGGGAGGAGUUUGACCGGCAGUGCCUGCUCGUCAACACGCUGGCCAGGCUGGCCCAGCAAGUGCGGGAUGCCGCCCCGUCCGCACGCCAGGGCAUCCUCCGCGAGGGGCUGGAGGACGUGAAGCAGUUCUUCAAGGCGAACGGGUCGGGCCGGCUGCCGCCCAGCCCCAGGGGGCCCGCCCUCCCGGCGAUGCCCAACCCCCCGUGCGGCGAUGACCUGCGGCAGGACAUGCUGACGCUGCAGAUGAUCCGGAUCAUGAACAAGAUCUGGGUGCAGGAGGGGCUGGACAUGCGCAUGGUCAUCUUCCGCUGCUUCUCCACUGGCCGCGGGCGAGGUAUGGUGGAGAUGAUCCCCAAUGCCGAGACCCUACGGAAAAUCCAGGUGGAGCACGGUGUGACAGGCUCCUUCAAAGACCGGCCGCUGGCAGACUGGCUGCAGAAGCACAAUCCCGAGGAGGAUGAGUACGAGAAGGCCGUGGAGAACUUCAUCUACUCCUGUGCUGGCUGCUGCGUGGCCACCUACGUGCUGGGGAUCUGCGACCGGCACAAUGACAACAUCAUGCUCAAGACCACCGGCCACAUGUUUCACAUCGACUUCGGCAGGUUCCUGGGCCACGCGCAGAUGUUCGGCAACAUCAAGAGGGACCGGGCGCCGUUCGUCUUCACUUCAGACAUGGCGUACGUCAUCAACGGGGGGGACAAGCUCUGCAGCCGCUUCCACGACUUCGUCGACCUGUGCUGCCAGGCCUACAACCUGAUCCGCAAGCACACCCACCUCUUCCUCAACCUGUUGGGGCUGAUGCUGUCCUGCGGCAUCCCUGAGCUCUCCGACUUGGAGGACCUCAAGUAUGUCUAUGAUGCCUUGAGGCCGCAGGACUCUGAUGCUGAUGCCACCACCUACUUCACCAGGUUGAUCGAGUCCAGCCUGGGCAGUGUGGCCACCAAGCUCAACUUCUUCAUCCACAACCUGGCGCAGAUGAAGUUCACGGGCUCUGACGCCCGCCCGACCCUCUCCUUCGCUCCCCGCAUGCACACCAUCAAGACGUCCGGCCGGAUCCGUGACGUCUUCCUCUGCCGCCAUGAGAGGGUCUUCAACCCCAGCAAGGGCUACACCUACGUGGUGAAGGUGCAGCGGGAGAGCCCGGGCGAGGUGACCUUCGUGCAACGCACCUUCGAGGAGUUCCAGGAGCUGCACAACAAGCUGCGCCUCCUCUUCCCCUCCUCGCUGCUGCCCAGCUUCCCCAGCAGGUUCGUCAUCGGGCGGUCGCGGGGCGAAGCGGUGGCCGAGCGGCGGAAGGAGGAGCUGAUGGCAGAGGUGUGGCACCUCCUCGCCCUGCAGUGCGACCUCAUCUACACCUUCUUCCACCCCCUGCCCCGGGACGAGAAGGCGGCUGGCACCAACCCGACCCCGAAGCCGGCAGGGAAGGGGGCUGGCGGGAACUGUGGACCGAGCGGUGGGCUGGCCGUGCCAGAGCCGGACCACGGCUGCCACAGCCUGGAGGAGGAGCAGCAGCAGCAGCAGGGCCCUGGUCAGGAAGAGGUAGGGCGGUGGCGGGAGCAGCGGGGAGAUGCCGGGGAGUUGGAGCGGCCCGAGGAGCCGAGCGAUGCGGGGAGACAGCCUGGAGAUAGCCCCUCGGAGCAGGAGGGGGUCAGGGGCUCAGCUGCGAAGGGGGAAGCCCUGACUGAAGAGGACGACGAGAACUCCGAAACAGAGCAAAACCUUCCAGUUUCAGCUAGGCCUGCCUGUGCGAAUAAACUAAUAGACUAUAUCCUAGGCGGAGUUUCCAGCGGGGAGGAGAGUGCGGAUGAUGAGGAAGACUGGGAUGAUGACGAUGACGGGUUUGAUAGCGAAGGGCUCCCCUCGGAUUCAGACACCGGUAGCCAGGACGGGGAAAGACUACAUCUCUGGAAUUCCUUCUAUAGUCUGGACCCCUACAACCCUCAGAACUUCACAGCCACUAUUCAGACAUCUUCCAGCGAUCCAGGAAAGGAUAUGUCGGAUGCGGAGGACGAGGAGGAGGAGGAGGAAGAUUCUUCAUGGGCAGAGGAGUCCUCAGGCUCUCCUCACCCUAGUUCUGAGGAGGAGGAGGACGAGGACGAGGAGUGGGACUGUAGCAGUGUGGAUGAGGAAGAAAACUUGAAACUUUGGAACUCGUUCUGUACCUCAGAUGAUCCCGAUGAGACCAAGUCCACGAGCUGGGUGCACCCCGGCACAGGCUACUCCAUCCAGAGCGGGCACUUCUCCUGCGCCG